AUUCUAUGCUCUCUGCUAAUCAUUCCGUGGAAAUUUCAGUUGUUUUAGACGAGAAAUGAGUGAAAUAUACGAUCUUUAAUUUUUGACGAUAACAGGCGAAAAAUCGGCUACUGAUCAAAUUGGCUUUUAUGGAGUUGUGGUUGGGUGCCGAAUGAAAUGAACAUCAUCACGAUGAUCAGCGUGGUCAAUUACCUAUGAUCCACAUGUUUCUGAGAUUCCCAGAUAUGUCUGCAAUGAGAUAGGUGUGUCCUCGGAAAACGUCUGUAUGUCCAGAACCAAAGGAGAUGUAGAUCUGAUCCCUGCGUAGUUUUGAAGAGAAGUAUUUUGGCAAUCGACUGCUAUUAUUUGAGAUUGGAUGCCACAGUGUGGUUUGAAACGAUAAGUUAAUUCUAAGGGUGAGUGUGGAUGUAACGAUCAAAAAGGGACAAACUCAAAACAUUCUCAGAUAUUCAUAGGGCAUACUACUGGUUGUUACAGAAAUGAAAUAGUCUAGUUUUAAGGAACGAAUCAGUUUUUACUAAAAAGAAAUAACGGUCAAACUUUUCUUAAUUUAGUUCUAAUUUAGUUUCUUUUGUUAUCGAAUUCUUCUCUUUACUCAAGAUUAAGAUAAAUAAAAAAAUAUCGUUACAUUUUUGGUGGAGGUGCGAAGCAAUCUGGUGUUUUCGUGUAUGCUCAUAUUUUUCUCCAAUCAACAGCAUGUCGUAAUAAACUCAAAUACACCAUAAUAAAUCACUACCAACAGUUCAUCGAAUACUUUACUCACAAUCAAAUCAGACAGGGUUACAUAAUUCAGUGCACAAACAAGAAACAAUAGGAGAAGUAAAACUAACAACUACAGCAUCACUUUAUGACAUUCUAAAACAGCAAAUAGAACUGCCAGCAAAAACAGUUGAUUUUCUUUAACAACAGCUUAUUGAAUUUAAACUUUUAUCACAGCACAGAACACCGAAAAACUCCGAACAAUCGACAUUAUUUCACAUAACACAACAACCACAACCACAGCUUACACAUCAACUUUCAUCAUCUCAUCGACCGAAUAUAAGACUUCAUGAUACAACAAUAAUACCAUACUCAGUAUCGUCAACGAUACAUUUAAAAGCAUCAGAUUUACCAACUUAUCGUGGAAGACAAGAUGAGGAUAUAGAUCAAUGGGCGGAACAAGUUUCAGCUAUCAAACAAUAUAGUCAUACGAUAGACGGAGAACUACUAAAAAUACUUCCAUUAGUUUUCAGAGAUAGUGCUUUAACCUGGUUUACGACACUUGCUAACUAUCAAACAGAAUCAUUACGUGAUCUAAAAUAUCGUACAUUUACAAACAAUGAAUGUGUGAACGAUUAUUAUUUUGAUAAAUGUAGAUUAUUACGCGUAGUAUUCGCCGAAAAUGUUGAAGAAGCAACAAUGGUUAAUGAUAUUAUAGAUGGUUUAUCGGGAAAUUUUAAGAUGUUUGUAUUAAGUCGAAUCAAUACUAAUACAUCAUUAGAAGAAUUACGUCGUAUUCUAAUGGACUUGAAGUCAAAUAUUCAUGAACAGAAACUCAAUAAUACCUAUCAAUUCAGCGUCAAAUUUCACAACCAUAGCAACGACCAUAAUGAGCGUCGUUAUUUAAAUUCAGAUACAAAUACAAAUCGAGAUGCAACACCAACAACAAGAACAUCAAAAAAUUAA